CCUAAUCGCCUGCAUCUAGGGGGCUCUGUACCACCUCAUGCGGCUCGGGCACAAUUCGAUGGCUACCCUGAGCGCAAGGCCUGCCUCGACGGGACUCGUACAGAAAUAUUGGAACAUAUCUUCACCUGGGCAACCGGCCAACCUAUGCGUGGUGAUGCAGCCGAACCUGCCGAAGAUUCUGCUGGUAGUCAGCCCAACAUCCUCUGGCUCAAUGGUCUACCCGGCUCCGGCAAGACAACGAUAGCAAGCUCCGUCGCACAGCAAUGUCACGCCAGCGGCACCCUAGGUGCCAGCUUCUUCUGUUCCCGAUCGGACACCGAUUGUAGCAAUGCCUCGCUGAUCUUCACCACAAUUGCGUACCACCUCGGAUUAUUCUACGAGCCAUUCAAGGAACAGGUUGCAGAGAUACUCCGGAAGGAUCCUCGUCUAGUAUACUCUAGUGUCUCUCGCCAGUUCGAGGAACUCAUAAUACGGCCGCUGAAACACCUCCGUGACGGCUUUCCUUCGUGUGUUGUAGUGAUCGAUGCACUCGACGAGUGCCGGGACCCUCAGGUCACGUCCGCGGUGAUAUCCACCCUACUGAAACAUGCAGAAGAUCUCUCCCCUCUUCGAUUUUUCGUCACCAGCCGGCCCGAACGGCACAUCGUCACCAGGUUCGAUACUAUCGGCUACCGCAAUGCAUUCGGGAAGCUACUCCUUCACGAGGUAGAAGUUCAGCUUGUUACCGUGGACAUUGGGAAGUAUUUCACGGCAUCCCUGUCGGAGAUCAGACAGUACUUCAACAUGGCGGAGUCCUGGCCUGACAAGUCAGAUAUCGAGACUCUCAGUCGGAUGGCCAAUGGCCUGUUCAUCUUUGCUGCGACAGCCAUCAAGUUCAUCGCAGACCGGGACUACAACGAUCCGGCCGGACAGCUGAAAAUACUCACGUCCGCAGGCUCUCAUCGAUUGCUCGACCAACUAUACCUACAAGUGCUCGACACCGCCUUUCCUAGUAUAUCAACGGGUCUGUUGGGCCGAGUCAAGACUGUCCUCGGCUCGAUCGCCGUCAUCAAGGAUCCCCUUCCCCCAUCCGGCCUGUCGCGACUACUUGAACUCCCCACUGACACCGUGUACAGCUCCCUCGUCGGUCUCCACUCCGUCCUCGUCGUACCGGCCGCUCAAGAGUCUGUGGCGAACAUUCGCAUCAUCCAUCCGACAUUCCCCGAGUUCCUGCUCGACUCGAGCCGCUGUACGAGCCGUUCAUUUGUUGUCAACUCGCAGAGGCAGAACACGCUGCUGCUACGCAGGUGCCUUGGUGCGCUGAAGGGGCUGAAGCAAGACAUCUGCGGCAUCCGAGACCCUUCACUGCUCAAUGUCGAGGUUCCCGGCCUGCUGGGCCGGAUAGAGAGUGCGAUCCCGGCACACCUGCGAUAUGCAUCUCGGCACUGGUGCACUCAUCUAGUGAACGGCGAGCUGUCGGAUGAGAUCCUGGACGCACUCGUCGAGUUUGUUCAAGGGCAGCUGUUACAUUGGAUUGAGGUGUGCAGUCUUGUCGGGGUAUUAAGGGACGGUGUUGACGAUGACCGAGCGAGGGACAUUGUCAUUCUGUUGAAUGACUGCGAACGACUGGUUGUCGGCUACUUCCCUGCGAUCAGCAGCUCAGCGCUACACCUGUACUAUUCGCUCCUGUCAUUCAUCCCGACAAAGACUGCACUUGCACGGACGUAUGCGCACGAAUGCUUCUCCGAGAUCUCUGUCAAGGUUUUCGGCAGCGUGCCAGGCAUGUGGGAUGCCUGCUUGGGCACGGUCACCGCGCAUGGGGGCGAUUCGGUCACGGCGGUCGACUUCUCACUCGACGGCAGGACGAUUGCCUCACCAGGACGCGACGGCAGGAUACGGAUUUGGGAUGCGCUGACGUGCGCCCUGCUAUCGGUCCUCCCCGGUCAUUCCAGCUCGGUUAACUCUGUCAAGUAUUCUCCAGACGGCGCUCGCAUAGCUUCCGCCGCUGUAGGCGGAACGGUCAAGAUUUGGGACGCGGUGUCCGGCGUGCUCAUCCGCACCCUGAAAGGGCACGCGGGCUACGCGACCUGCGCAGCCUUCACACCUGACGGCGGCCGUAUCGUGUCUGGCUUCAGGAAUUGUUCCCUCAAGAUCUGGGACGCGGACACAGGCGCCUGUCUGGUGACCCUGACCGCGCACGAUAGCCAUGUCAUAUCCAUUGCGGUGUCUCGGGAUGGCCGAGACGUGCUCGCCUGCGCCGCAGAUAAAACUGUCCUCGUCUGGGACUUUGCUCGCGGCGAGAUUCGACAAGCACUCUCUGGUCACACCAAGGAUGUCACGAGUGUCGCUUAUAACCACGACGGGACU